AACAAGGCCGCAGAAGAAAAAGCCCUCUUUCCUUCCCGUUCUCUUUCUCUCGCUCGCUCGCUCGCUGACUCGCCUCACAACAAUCUUCGUCAUCGAAUUAUCACACAGUCACCCCCACCCAUCACACCUAAUUGUAAUUGAAACUUUUUAUUUUAUUUUUAAUUUUGGUUUUUAAUUUGGCUUUUAUUUUCCAAGUAAAAAUUUUGGGAGGGAGGGAGGGCGAUCCCUAAACCCAAAAUUUUUUCAAAUCUAAAUCUUCUCUCGCAAUAUGGCAUUUCACGUCGCUUGCCCAAUUACAUGCCGCCGAAUCUGCGACUGUCCGCUAGGGUUUCCUCGCACUCUCGCCACCGACAAUGCCAAGACCUCGUUCCUUCAAGACGUGCUUCGAGUCCACGACUUUCUCAUCGAUCCCACCGGAAUUAGGGCUCGCGACGAAGGCAAAACCGUCCAGGUCGCCGUUCCGAGAGUUGCGCCGCCGCCUCCUCCUCCUCAGCCGGUUCUCCCAUCGAUCGUCGGUGAUGUUGCCGUUGUUGUUGAUGAUGAGUCGGCGGCCGCGGCCUCUGCGCAGGCUAAGAGGGCCGCGCUCCAGCGCAAGGCUGCCGCGGAUAUGGUCGCGGCAGAGGACUUCGUUCGGCGAUUCGAGUCCGGUUAUUUGUCGGAUACCUCAAGAGGUGUUGUGCGAGAAGAACAGGCUCAGUCCAAUGUCAAUGUUAUGUGCCGGAUAUGUUUUUGUGGUGAAAACGAAGGAAGUGAGAGAGCAAGAAGGAUGCUUCCAUGCAAAACCUGUGGCAAGAAGUACCACAGGAAUUGCAUAAAAGUCUGGUCUCAACACAGAGAUCUAUUUCACUGGAGUUCAUGGACGUGCCCCCUGUGCCGAAUUUGUGAGGUAUGCCGAAGAACAGGAGAUCCAAACAAGCUUAUGUUCUGCAAGAGGUGUGAUGGUGCUUACCAUUGUUACUGCCAGCAUCCUUCACACAAGAAUGUUUCUCCUGGACCUUAUGUGUGCCCAAAACAUACACAGUGUCACAGCUGUGGGUCAAAAGUCCCAGGAAAUGGCUUAAGUGUAAGAUGGUUUCUGGGAUAUACUUGCUGUGAUGCGUGUGGAAGAUUAUUUGCAAAGGGGAAUUAUUGUCCUGUUUGCUUGAAGGUUUAUAGAGAUUCAGAAUCAACACCGAUGGUUUGCUGUGAUAUUUGCCAGCGCUGGGUGCAUUGCCAAUGUGAUGGAAUCAGUGAUGAGAGAUAUCAGCAGUAUCAGUUAGAUGGAAAUCUCCAGUACAAAUGUGCCACAUGUCGUGGAGAGUGCUACCAGGUCAAGAAUAAUGAGGAUGCUGUGAAAGAGCUUUGGAGGAGAAAAGAUGCCGCUGAUAAAGAUUUAAUUUAUAGCUUGAGGGCUGCCGCUGGGCUGCCAACUCAAGAAGAAAUAUUUUCUAUUUCACCCUAUUCUGAGGAUGAAGAAAAUGGCCCUCAAAUAUUAAAGAAUGAACUUGGGCGUCAAUUAAAAUUGUCUGUCAAAGGAUUAGUUGAUAAGUCACCAAAAAAGACCAAGGACAGCGGAAAGAAAUCUUUAAAUAAAGUGUCUGCUAAGAAAAAGGAACAACAGGAUUUCUUAAUCGGUACAACCGAAGUGAACCAGAGUUUUGGUGGACAUGAUGAUUCACAGUCAUUUGGAUCUAGCUUGGGCUAUGACAAGAAUGAUGAGAUGCAGUCCUACAAAAAUGCAGAACCAGACAUAUAUUUUUCACCUGGCACUGGAAGUAUGGGCCACACCAAAGAGAUUUGUUCUGUCAAUGAGCCAGGUGUUUUGAAGCACAAGUUUGUUGAUGAAGUGAUGGUGAGUGAUGAAGAUAGGAGUUCCAAGGCUGUUCGUAUCAAGGGUAAGUCUCAUGGUCUUGAUAGCGGAGAGGAUACUGCAAAGCAUGCUGGAAAGUCAAAGCCUGUGAAAGGGAAGAAGUUAGUUAUAAAUUUUGGUGCACGGAAGAUAAAUAUAACUAAGUCUCCAAGGUCUGAUGUUUCAACGGGUCAAAGAGAACAAGAUGUGGUGACCUCGAAUGGCAGUGAAGAUGUGAGCCAGCAGAAGGCAAGUCUUAUGUUGGAUAGACAUGAUGGUUCUGCUAAUAUCGGUGAUGCUAAAGACAGAAGCGAUUAUUCUGGCCAUUUGAAAGGUUCAAAGGUUGCUGGAAGAGAAGGAAAUUUUAUAAAGUUGGGAAAAGUUAGGUCAGGAGCUUCUGAUUCUAACCCUAAAUUUGCUAGAGGAGAUAAGGUUGAUGGAUACGAAGCCAUUCCUCCAGAGCCGGUACAUGGUUCGUCUGGAAAAAGCAUUGAAGGGGGCACGGCUGCAGUUGUGCCUGUAGGUGAAGUCCCGACUAUGAGAAACGAGAGGGUAUACUCCCGCAAGCAAUCACUAAGCAGGUCUAAUAUACGUACUGAAAGCAAUGAUGAUCCUGGUCAGACACCUGUUUCACAAUCGCCGGCCAAGGAUACAAAACCUUUAUUGAAGUUUAAGCUUAAGAAACCUAAUCUCGAAAAUCAGAGUUCUUCCUAUCAGGAGGAAGAAAAAAGCUAUGUUAAGGGCCAACGGUCAAAAAGAAAGAGACCGUCACCGUUUAUGGAGAAAACGUCAUUUAGUGAGAAUGAUGAUAAGACACAAUCAGUUCAAGAUAAUCUAAUGGAUGAGAUCAUGGAUGCUAAUUGGAUAUUGAAAAAGUUGGGCAGAGAUGCAAUUGGAAAGCGAGUUGAAGUUCAGCAGCUAUCUGACAAUUCAUGGCACAAGGGAGUGGUUACUGACAUAAUCGACGGCACAUCAACGCUAUCUGUUACUCUGGAUGAUGGCAAAGUCAAAUCUCUGGAACUCGGGAAGCAAGGGGUUCGUUUUGUAUCUCAAAAGCAGAAGAGGUCGAGAACAUGAAGUCUGUCCCAUUUGUUGUGGGUGAUUUAUCUUAUCUGGAGACUUUCUUCUCCAUUAAGAUGGAGAGCAAAUUCUCUGCUUCCAAAGGCCUGAAAACAUAUGUUGUAGCAUUUCUGGUGGCUGGUAUUUAUGCUCAUUCGUUUCACUUCACUCUUUCGAGAGUUGUAUGUGGGGCUUUUCAGUCUUCCUUGAAGAAUUUGCUCUGGUCGACUACUGUAGUUCCAAGGCAGGCAGGCAGGCAAGCAUGUAGAUAGAUAGUUUUUUGUAUUUGGGUACUCAGAAUUGAUAAUUUAGAAUUUGCUGUAACAGGAUAGGAAUGAACAAAUUAUUGGGUGCUGUUUUUAUUCAGGCUGGCUAGAUGCAGUGUCUGAGUCUUUACAAAUUAAUGGAAUUGAACAUGUUGAAGUUA